AUAUAUGUAUAUAUAUUUUUUGCCUGUCCUCUCCGGGGAAGUUUGUAUGGGGCUACUAGCUCACAUGCGGGAUCAGAAUGGUGUGAAUGACAGCCGCACUGUGUCAUGAAGGUGGUGGUGGUUUCAGCACGAGAGACCAAAUAAGAAGAAAGCUGAGAGAGGGGGGAACCGUUUUUGGAUGACAAAGGAUGGGUUUCCGUUUAAUUACGCAGCUGAGAGGCAUGCGUGUGGUGCUAGUGCUACUUCCUACACUGCUGCUUGUUAUGCUCACGGGGGCUCAGAGAGCUUGCCCAAAGAACUGCAGAUGUGAUGGCAAAAUUGUAUACUGUGAGUCUCAUGCUUUCGCAGAUAUCCCUGAGAACAUUUCUGGAGGGUCACAAGGCUUAUCAUUAAGGUUCAACAGCAUUCAGAAACUCAAAUCCAAUCAGUUUGCUGGCCUUAACCAGCUUAUAUGGCUUUAUCUUGACCAUAAUUACAUUAGCUCAGUGGAUGAAGAUGCCUUUCAAGGGAUCCGUAGACUGAAAGAAUUAAUUCUAAGCUCCAACAAAAUUACCUAUCUGCACAAUAAAACAUUUCACCCAGUUCCCAAUCUCCGCAAUCUGGAUCUCUCCUACAAUAAACUUCAGACAUUGCAAUCGGAACAAUUUAAAGGUCUUCGGAAACUCAUCAUUUUGCACUUGAGAUCUAACUCAUUAAAGACUGUGCCGAUAAGAGUGUUUCAAGACUGUCGAAAUCUUGACUUUCUGGAUUUGGGUUAUAAUCGUCUUCGAAGCUUGUCCCGAAAUGCUUUUGCUGGCCUCUUGAAGUUGAAGGAGCUCCACUUGGAGCACAAUCAGUUUUCCAAGAUCAAUUUUGCUCAUUUUCCACGUCUCUUCAAUCUCCGCUCAAUUUACUUACAGUGGAACAGGAUUCGUUCCAUUAGCCAAGGCUUGACAUGGACUUGGAGUUCCUUACACAACUUGGAUUUAUCAGGGAAUGACAUCCAAGGAAUUGAGCCGGGCACAUUUAAAUGUCUACCCAAUUUGCAAAAAUUGAAUUUGGAUUCCAACAAGCUUACCAACAUCUCACAGGAAACUGUCAAUGCGUGGAUAUCAUUAAUAUCCAUCACUUUGUCUGGAAAUAUGUGGGAAUGCAGUCGGAGCAUUUGUCCUCUAUUUUAUUGGCUUAAGAAUUUCAAAGGAAAUAAGGAAAGCACCAUGAUAUGUGCAGGACCUAAGCAUAUCCAGGGGGAGAAGGUUAGUGAUGCAGUGGAAACCUAUAAUAUCUGCUCUGAAGUUCAGGUGGUCAACACAGAAAAAUCACACCUGGUACCCCAAACGCCCCAGAAGCCUCUGAUUAUCCCUAAACCUACAUUUUCCAAAUCUGACCCCACCCAGCCCACCCUUGAAACACCAAGCCCUUCCCCAGGGUUUCAGAUUCCUGGCACAGAGCAAGAGUAUGAGCAUGUUUCCUUUCACAAAAUUAUUGCAGGGAGUGUGGCUCUGUUUCUCUCAGUGGCCAUGAUCCUCUUGGUAAUCUAUGUGUCUUGGAAACGCUACCCAGCCAGCAUGAAACAACUUCAGCAACAUUCUCUUAUGAAGCGGCGGCGGAAAAAGACCAGAGAGUCUGAAAGACAAAUGAAUUCCCCUUUACAGGAGUAUUAUGUGGACUACAAGCCUACAAACUCUGAGACCAUGGAUAUAUCCGUUAAUGGAUCUGGGCCCUGCACAUAUACCAUCUCUGGCUCCAGGGAAUGCGAGAUCCCCCACCACGUGAAGCCCUUGCCCUAUUACAGCUACGACCAGCCUGUGAUCGGCUACUGCCAGGCUCACCAGCCGCUCCGCGUCAACAAGGGCUACGAAGCAGUGUCUCCGGAGCAGGACGAAACCCCCAGCCUGGAGCUCGGGCGCGACCACAGCUUCAUCGCCACCAUCGCCCGGUCGGCGGCGCCGGCCAUUUACCUUGAGAGAAUAACAAACUAACGCCAAGGCCAACUCCUCGGGAGGGACCUCGGCGGGGCUGGGGGCGGGGAGGGAAGGCUUCAUCUUAAAGGAGAAUGGGUGUCCAAAAUCGAGCAAGCAAGCCGGCUCGUCCUUUCUGUUCAGCCAGGACACACAGGAAAGGAAAAAAGAACUGCUUAAAGAGGGCAGAGGAUGCACCUGCAGCAAAACCAGGAGAACACUACAGAACUUUCUUUGCGUCGAAACGAAACAAAACUUCUCCUGGAUGUAAAUAGUCCAAGUGUCGAGUUCUUAUAAAAAUAGAUUUCACCCUAGCUACAUAUAGGAUUGUUUGUAUAUUUGCUUUUUCUACACUGCAUGGUUCCUGG